AUGCGACUUUUUGGUCUUAGGCCUGUUUUGAGUAGAGGUUCUUGCCUUGAGGGUUUUGUUCAUUGCAUCUCAAAGAGAAGUCUCAACAACUUCGACGCUUGCCGUUUCGGACACACAAGCUUGGGAAUAGUUUCAGAAAUAUGCGCAAAGCCUUGGACCGGAGGUGCUCGGCAUCUCGAUGGGCGUCAACACGCGAUACGCUGGAUGCGAGAGAUCGCCAUAAGUGCCUCACGGAACCCUCGUCCACCUGGUCUUGCUGCUAUUGUCGUCGGCAAUAGGCCAGAUUCCCUUCUUUACGUCAGGAGGAAAGGCGAGGCCUGCAAAAAAACUGGAAUACACUUUUACCUGAUACAUCUUCCUGGGGACAUUAGACAAGGUAAGGUGCGCCAGAUCCUUCGCCGCUUGAAUUCGGACAAGAACAUUGAUGGAAUUCUUGUGCAGCUGCCUAUGCCGCCACAAAUAACUGAAAACAAACUCCUCGAAUGUAUUAGCCCAGAAAAAGAUGUUGACGGACUGCACCCAAAAAACGUAGGCCGACUUUCUGCACGCGGCACCUGGCGGCCUGUAUUUAUGCCGUGUGCCCCCCUUGGUUGUAUGGAACUGUUGUGGCGAGAAAAAAUUAAUGUGAAGAAAAAGGCAGUGACAGUUAUCGGUGAUAGUAAUAUUGUUGGCAUGCCGUUAUCCUGGCUGCUGCGGGAUGCAGGGGCGUCCUCUGUCACUAUCCUGCAUUCAAGGGCAAUUUGGUUUCUCGAUAAAUUCUCUACAGCAGGCUCUGAUGACAGUCAGUUGUGCGAAGAUAAGCCAUUACAAGCGCAGAUCUUACAUUCCUUGUGUGAGGCUGAUGUAGUAAUAGCUGCUGUUGGAAGUGUAGGUCUUGUCAAGCGUGAAUGGAUAAAGGAGGGGGCAACAGUAGUAGACAUAGGAAUCAAUGCAGUGCCUGACUGUCACGAAAGUGUAAUAUUUACUGGGAUUUCGCCCCAAAAGGACUGUGUCAAUGUUUGUAGCUCGGUCACUGCUAUGCAACGGGAUGCUCAGCAGAGUUUUAGGAGUGUCCCACAGCCGUUGAGGAACUUCAAGAUUCUUGGUGACGUUGCAGCUGAAGAGGUAUCACACGUUGCAGGUGCAAUGACCUCGGUACCUGGAGGGGCAGGUCCGAUGACAAUUGCAGCUUUACUGAGCAACACUUGUCUAAGUGCUUCACGUAAACAUCGAUUAUGAAAUAAACCUUAAGAAAACUGUACGUGU